AAUUAUAAUGAUAAAUGUUUGAACUCUGACAAAAUACAACCUUUCAGAACGAUCAGUUCACCGCGCAGCCGCAAUCAUUUAAAAUCAUGCAAGUGCAGAAUAGUCUUUAGGAAAACCUUUAUUAAUAUUAAAUUUAUUAUAGUUUUAAUUUAGAUUUAGUUAGUAAAAUAAAUAAAAUGAUAAGAAAAACUAUUAUAAAGGGAUCAAAAAGAAGCGUUAUUCGCUAUUGUGUUAGGAAUUGAAUAGGAAUGUUUCAGCAGGGUCGAGUUAUAAUUGUUUGGUUAUCUUGGCUUAUUGGAGGGAUCUGCGGCGUGGUUAUUCUGUUAAUUAUUAUUUGUUAUUGCCGCCUAAUGCCGCGACAUCAGAAAUCAUUCGAUGAACAGUAUUUAAAAGAAAACUAUACUAUAAAGGAAGGACAUAGCUAUACAUGCCAUGAAAGUUAUAGAGUUAAACACACAGAGGUUCAAGUCCAGAGGCACACGCGGCCCGCAAGCUAUGCGGGUGACCCGGAAUGUCGUGCGUCGCGUGCGCAGCCGCACUGCUACGUCAAUCGGGUUCCAGAACCACAAAGAGAUCAACAACAGUAUGCUUCGAGUGGAAUGCUAGAUGAGAUAGAGGGCGCGGCAAGCAUAGACGCGCUAAAGACGCGAUCGUUGCCCGCCUUUCUGAGACCAAAACAACGACCACUAUCAACUGAAGAUGAUUUACAUCAAUUAUAUGCCAAGGUGAAUCUGAGCAAAAAAUACAAAAAUCGCAUGCGAAGUGAGCACGCUGCCAUCAUAGCACUCAGCAAGUCUCACAGUCAGUUUUUGGACGCAGAUGCCGUCAUUGUUUACGACCAGAGGACUGCGCUUUAGACUUUAACACAGCUGACCGACUUCAAAAAGAGAAAUUUCAAAUAGAUUUUGUAUUAUUCAUGACAGUUAUGAUAAAAUGUUGCCUAGGGAGCAUUAAAGUAUUAGGUACGUCAUGCAAUUUUUGGAGAUUAUUGACCCCCCUCCCCAUGUAACGCGCUGUAACGUUUUUCUGUACCCAAAAGUAAAACAUUUCGCGACCACCCAGUGACUCUUUA